GUUAAUUAUCUAAUAUAUUAAAGUUAAAACAAGAUCCCGUGUAUAAAGGCAUAUCAACGUGCAAAUGUAUACUAGUCAAAGUCGUCGCCUUGAUCUAUAUUCUUACAAAGUCUCUCUCUGUCUCUGUUCACAUCGGAACCACAAGAAUGGAGUCUCUCUUCUCCACGAUGAUUGUCCUGCUCUUGGUUUCUUUUUCCUGUCUCAUUUCUACAGAAGCUCUCACCAGCAACUAUGGAAACAUCACAGUCAAAUGGGAUCUCUUGAACUGGACGCCUGAUGGCUACGUUGCAGUGGUUACAGCCUACAAUUACCAGAAGCAACGUUCGAUUCCAGGAUGGAAAAUGAGCUGGAGAGGGACCAAGAAAGAAGUGAUCUGGAACAUGUUGGGUGCAAAAACGACAGGGCAAGGAGGUUGUUCCAUGUUCAAAGGAAAUAUCCCGCAGUCCUGCGUUCGUAAGCCAACAGUUGUCGAUUUGCUUCCCGGAACUCCUUUCAAUCAGCAGAUCGCUAAUUGCUGCAAAAGCGGUGUCUUAAAACCUGGUUCAGAAAGUGCAUUCCAGUUAUCUGUUGGUAGCGCUGGUAACUCGGUUAAGACUGCUCGGAUGCCGGCAAACUUCAUGUUCACGGCACCUAAACAACAGUACAUAUGUGGACCGAGUAAGAACGUUAGACCAACGAGGUUUACAACCGCCGACAAAAGGAGAAUAACUGCAGCCCUAAUGACCUGGAACAUUACUUGCGUCUUCCACAAAGCAACAUGAACAACGCAACUCUCCAAAGGAACAUUAUCAUAAGCAAAUCUUUCUCCAGAGUUUAUAUGGAUUUGUAUUAUCAUGUAUGGUUUAUGUUUUAAGAAAAUAAAAUACACUAUUUUAAUUAUUUUCUUCCAUAGUGUGUUACCGGCUACAAAAUCAAAGACUUGAGUGGUCAGACGUAUUAGAAUGUGUGAUUUCCAUGAUCAAGACAUAUUCUAUUCACCAUGUUUGCUGAUUUGAAUUUUCAAAUGUUCGUAAUUAUAAAUACAUAAUUCUUUUUAAAGAUUAAACCUGUAACUAUAUGUUUAUAUGUCUU